AUGCAACUCAAACUUGCGUCCGAUGGACGCCGCAAGAUUAUCGAGGACUUCUUUCCCGAUUCUGAAAGGCAUGCAGCAAUCUACAAGGACCUCCAUGAGAACCCGGAGCUUCCAUGCCAGGAGCAGCGGACGGCAACGGUUGUGGCAGACCGGCUAGAAACUAUUGGCUUCGAAGUCGAGCGCGGAAUUGGAGGCUAUGGGGUGGUUGGUAUUCUCCGCAAUGGCUCGGGGCAAAAUGUCCUCCUGCGCUCCGAGCUUGACGCUUUGCCUCUCAAGGAAAAUACAGGCUUGCCUUACGCUAGCAAAGUCGAACAAGUCGAUGCGGAUGGCAUCAAAAAGGGUGUCAUGCAUGCCUGCGCCCACGAUAUGCACAUGACCUGCCUGCUUGGGGUGGCGGCACUGCUGCAUGAGGCUAGGAAGUUAUGGUCCGGCACUGUCAUUAUUUUGUUCCAACCAAAUGAGGAGCGGUUGCUCGGUGCCAAAGCAAUGAUUGAUGACGGGCUGUUCAGCAAAAUACCCCUGCCUAGCGUCUGCUUGGCACAACACUGUGUUCCGACCAAAAGCGGAACUAUCGCCGUGAAACCCGGGCGCGUUCUGGGCUAUCUAGACUCACUAAAUGUCCGUGUGUAUGGCCGCGGUGCGCAUGGCGCCACGCCCCAGCUGGGUAUCGACCCAAUCAUUCUGGCUGCGAGCAUUCUCACACGUCUGCAGACUAUUGUCGGCCGUGAAAUGGAUCCUAAGGAGCCUGUCGUGAUAGGCUGUGGAACCUUUCAUGCUGGUACUGAUGCCAGCAUAAUUCCAGAGUAUGCCGACUUUGGGGUCGACGUGCGCACAUUCUCGGAAAAUACCCAAAAACUUGCCAAAUCUGCAGUGGAGCGCAUUAUACAAAAUGAGUGCAAAGUUUCCGGCUCCCCGACAGCUCCUCGUAUUGUGACUACAGUCAGUAGCCCCGCUAUUGAUAACGACAACGUGGCAACAAUUCGAUUCACCCGGGUGCUAGAAUCGUAUUAUGGAAGUGAAUCCUCCAAGGUUAUUCAAGUGAUGCCACCGGAUAUCGUCGCGGACGAUUUUGUGCUGCUCUCACUUCCGCCUGGUGGAAACCCAAUACCGUACGUGUACUGGAACAUUGGCGUGACAGAGCCAGAGACGUGGGAGAAGGCAAAUAGAGAAGGCAAGUUGCGAGAUUUACCUCCAACCCACAGUGCUCUCUAUGCACCAGCAAUUGAGCCUACCCUUCGGACCGGAAUCGAAGCAUUGGCUUUGUCUGCCUUGACAUUCCUUGAAAUUCUUUGA